AAAAUACGUCACGAACUCGUCUAAGAAACGCGUGGAAUCGAAACUCAUUUCCCUGAGUGCUGAGUGGAGUAGUAAAAUUAAACAUUCUUCAUCUCUCACAUUCAAUUCUUCCGGAUUUUCAAGCAUCGAGUAAGAUCAGAGAAAAUGGGAGGUGGAAAGGACAAACAUGAUGAAUCUGACAAAGGGCUCUUCUCUCACGGUCACGGCAGCCAUUAUCCACCGGGGCAGUACCCACCAGCAGCUGGAGGGUACCCUCCACAAGGAGGCUAUCCUCCGGCUGGAUAUCCUCCUCAGCAAGGCUAUCCUCCAGCUGGAUAUCCUCCUCAACAAGGCUAUCCUCCAGCCGGUUAUCCUGGUCAACAUCACUCAGGAGGAGGACACUCUAUUGGAGGAAUAAUAGCAGGAGGUGCUGCUGCUGCUGCUGCCGCCUAUGGUGCCUCCCACAUCGCACAUGGAUCACACGGAGCUCAUGGAAACUAUGGCGUUAGUCAUGUGCCUCAUGGCAUGAUGGGGGGCCAUGUUGGUCAUGGGAAGAUGAAGCAUGGCAAGUUCAAGCACGGGAAGUUUGGUAAGCACGGUAAGCACAAGGGCAAGGGCAUGUUCGGAGGCAAAGGCAAGAAGUGGAAGUAAUCCCUCCAUUGCCCUAAAACUGUGACUUCUAUAUAAACCAGCCGGUUAUGCUGAUGUAAUUUCCUUUCCUUUUUUAUUAACGUAUAAACAAAAGCGAGUAAUAUGUUGAUCGGCAUUGUGUUGUGUUGCCAGUGCCCUUCUAUAGUAAAGCUCGGCCUCAUGGCUUUAGAGCUGCUGGUCUUUCUUUUUUGUGUGGCUGAACCCUCUUAAAUCGUUGCUGGUUUUAAUGUAUAAUAUGUGAAAAUUGAAAAUUUACAUAUGUUUUAAGAAUUUAA